AUGGCUAGGGAUUUUAAAAACAGGAGAACACAAAGAUCAACCGAAACAAUGGAGCUUGGAAAGGUAUUGUACAUGUGCCAAGGGCAGCUUGUGAUAAAACUAACAGCAAAGGAUAUUCCAUAUCCAAACUCUCCAGUCUUGAAUUCGUCCUCCAAAAUCAUAGGAAAGGUGGACGAAAUCUUAGGAAGAAUAGACGAUGUUCAUGCAACUAUCAAGAUGGAGAACCCGUGCAAUUCUGGCAACGAAGGAGAGACAGUGUUUUGCUAUGCAGACAAACUUAUUCCUAAAAAGAGAUUUCUACCAAGAGAAGAGGUUGAAAAGAAAAAAGAGGAAAUGGAUCGCACGAAACCGAAAAGGAGCCAGGGAUUGGAAAAGAACAAGCCCAGGACUUUCAGAGACAGGCCAAGCCUUCACAACAAGAAGCCUGGAAGCAAUUGGGGAGGAAAGCAAAGCGGCUGGAACAAGAGCGGAAGAAAAGGAAAUUUCGAGAAGAAUGCCAGAAGUAAGAAGCCGGAUUCUAAUAAGAGCAAGCGUGGGGAUUAA